ACUUUCCCCCUUGCUGUAAAUAAAUCGAAAUAUUUUCAACCAUUUUCUGGUGAAAAUAAUUGGAAAUUGAGCGAAUAUCCCGCAGUCAAAACCGGAUCCGCUGGUGGCCCGGGCCCAGCGGCAAAGUCGUGUGCAAUGGCAGGAGCCAGCGGACGCUGGCUGAAGCGAAUCUAAACAGCCAAAACGGCCACCAAAUAAUAGAUGCCAAAAAUUUGCAUAAAAAGUGAGGCGAUUAAAAUGCAGAAAAUGUACGCGUCGUUGUUGCUGGCAACCUUGACAUUCUGGACGUUAGUGCUGCGAUCGGAGCAGGCACACUCUCCGCCAACGGUGCCGUGCGAUCGCAGCCGGAAGGUGUUCACGGAGCCCUAUGGCGACAUUUCCGACGGCCCCUCCGGCUUUAACUACACCCAGGACUCACACUGCGAAUGGCUCAUCAAGGCCCGCAACGACAGCCAGUUUAUCACCCUGACCUUCCACAGCAUGGGCACCGAGUGCUCCUACGACUACAUCUACGUCUACGACGGCGACUCCUUCAACUCGACCCUGCUGGGCAGCUUCAGUGGCCGGACACAGCCGCAGCGCCUGGUGGCCCGCAGCGGAAGUAUGCUCAUCCUCAUGUACAGCGACACAAACUACGUGCUGGAUGGAUUUCGCGCCUCAUACUACAUAUCAAAUUGUCUGAAUAACUGCCACAAUCAUGGAAAGUGCGUGGGCCACCAGUGCGUAUGCCACGGCGAGCGUGUGGGCCCCGACUGCGAGGACGAGGCUUGUCCGCAGCGCUGUGGCGAGAGCCAAGGAAGAGGUAGCUGCCAGAAGAGCAUCUGCCACUGCUCGCGAGGAUUCAGCGGUCGCCUCUGCGAUCUGAGCGACCAUCCACCGGGCAGCAGCUGGCGCUGGCUAGCCACCGACGCCGAGGGCAUGACUCCCAGAGCCGCCCACACUGCCGUCUACAUGGAGGACGAAGACGCUCUCUACGUGUUCGGCGGCUACGACCUGAAUAACGUAAUAAGCACACUCCAGAUUUAUCGUUUCAGCACUAGCCAAUGGGAGGAUGAGUGGGGUAUUGCGUUACAGAGUCGCCGUCACUUUUACCAUCCGCAAAAGAUUGAUCAUACGUUGCUUAAGGCCGUGCUCCAGCACAAGAACGAGGACGAAGCCAAGCUAUGGGGUCUCAACAGCGAUGUGAGCUUUUUCCGGAACAUUCUUUACACCUUGGCGGAAUCAAAUCUCCACCAGCGUCGGACGCGGUCUUCUCUCCCCUUGACAAUCGUAAACGCCAACUCGACAGACGAAGAGCUAAAUGAGUAUCUGGAGGACAUUCUGGAGGAGGUUACGGAUCACAAACCCCAUGGACGCUAUGGCCAUGCAGCGGAUCGAGUGCCCGGCGGAUUCGUUAUCUACGGUGGCAAACAUGCCAAUGGCAGUUUCUACAAUGAUCUCUGGCAAUACAACAACACGGAAAGCGGUGGCAAGUGGAAGCAGAUGGCCAUUAGGUCGGAAUUGAAGCCACCGGCUUUGGCUAGACAUACUCUUAAUACCGCUGGAUCCUAUCUCUAUAUAUUCGGUGGUAGUCUUGAGACGGGAGAGUUCUCAUCCAGCGUGUACCGCAUAGCACUUCCCCUCACGGAGGACUCGCAAUGGAAGCUGGUACAACCAAGGGGAGGAAAGACGUUAGACGUUCGUCUCGCAGCGCAUUCAACGGUCUAUUACAAAGCGACCAAUUCACUAAUCGUGUUUGGAGGAAUUAUGACAAGUUUGGCCCGCUUCUCUAAGCUCUCGGAUCGGAUAUACGCUUUUCAGCUGGACCAGAUGCACUGGACGGAAAUUUUAUACCCCCGAACGGCGCUGAGGGACACCAAUAUACCCAGGGAGCGAGCAUUUCACACGGCCACCAUAUCGGGCAACUACAUGGUAGUCUUCGGGGGCUAUACACACCGACACAACAAGGAUGAGAUUUGCUACGACAACCAGAUGUACUGGUACCAUCUUAGUUGUCACAUUUGGAUUAAUCAGGUGGUUUCCGCCGAGGACAGUCUGUACCCGAAACCGCAGGGUGUUUUUGCCCAAGCAGCGGCUCUGCGUCGGAAUCACACGCUUCUGAUUGUUGGUGGCUACCAUGGAAACGUGAAUGCAGAUCUUUUUGCCUACGAACUGCCCCAGGUCCUGAGGGUGGAAAAUACCCUCUACAAUCCGGAGAUCUCCUGUAGAUUGCACGCCUCGCACACAGCUUGUCUCUCGAAUCCGGAAUGUGGUUGGUGCUCGGCAGAUAGUAGCUGCUACGGUCGCACUAUCGGAGCGAAUUGUACCACCAAUCUGCAGACCACAAGGUGUCCAGGGAUAUGUCCCUCACUCGGCGAUUGUCAUUCUUGCUUGGUGCAUGGAUCGCAAUGGGGAAAGUCGUCGGGAAACAAAGCAGCUUUUUCGGUGGCAAGCAAGUUGGGAUUGAACGAGUGCACUUGGUGUGUGCAGAAUGCAAAAUGUCACCACCGGGACGACAACUACGGCAUAUGUGGAGAUAGUUCAGGAUGGUGGGGUGACAAAGGCACCGAGAUUCGUCGACCUUCGCUCUGCACCAGUACCGACCGACGCCCGGGACUCACUUACAUCAAGUACCACUACCCGAUUAACUACACCAUGCCGGAUUACGUGGGAAUUGUGAAUGCCACUAUGGUAGACUUCGCCUCGCCACCGUUUACCACCUAUUUUGAGCACAAACUCGAGGGAGAGAUGUUAGCCAGGUUAGUUGGUUUCGUACGGCCGCAACAUCAGUGGAACAACUCGGCCAUACAGGUCUGCACCAGCUACUCCUCGGCGGUAUUACGGGCUGGCCUAGGUCUUUACCUCGAUGAGCUGGUCAACAUCACCACGCAGAGCUCAAACCAGAGCUACUGCAGCAACGUACAGCUGCCCACCACAGAGCAGCCAUUCACGAUUGAUUUCCAGGCUCGCCGACGUAUCGGAGGUAACGGAAAUUACAACGCCUAUCAGAAGACCAAAAUGGAACUGCACCACCUGCAUAACGGCCAGCUUAACGCCUUUACCUUUGAAUACUUGGAGCCGUACUACUCCGGCAAGUGCACCCAAUACUCAAACUGCCUCCACUGUCUUACGGAUGCAUCCUGUGCUUGGUGUCCCCUCACCAGCGUAUGCCACCUGCGAUCGGUGAACGAAACUGAAGUGUGCAAGAAGGAGGCUCCGGAAGCUUUCCAUUGGUCCUACCUGAUCAGCCAGCCCAGUCAAUGUUCGAACUGCACAAAUUACGUUAGCUGCGAGGCGUGCGCCAACAGUGGGGAGUGCGAAUGGUGGACGGAGGACGCCCGCUGCGGCAGGAUUGGCAAGUCCAACAGCAGCGUGCGGGCGGUGGAGCAAUGUCCCAGGUCGUGCAGGGAACGGCAUGGCUGCCAGGAGUGUCUCGGCGAGCGAGGGCGAUGCGUUUGGUGUGAGGCCAGUUCCCAGUGCUUCAGCUUUUCCGUGUACACAAGUGAGUAUCAGUUUGGAAUGUGCCGCGAAUGGAUGGACCAGGUAGUCAGUCGCCAGCCGCAAGAACUGGCUGACCAGAAGCUUCAGCAGCAGCCGCAUCAUGUGCAGCAGCAGUGCAAGUCCUGCGAGCAGCAUCGAAACUGUUCCUCCUGUCUGCGAACUCUGAGCUGCGGCUGGUGCUUCGAUCGCGACAAUCCCAUUGAAGGUAUCUGCAUGCAGGGUGAUUUCAGCUACAGUGCUGGAAAUUGCUCACUGGCUUUGAAUAGUUCUUCCCACCAUGAUGCGGAGUGGGCGUACGCACAGUGCCCGGAUGUCGACGAGUGUGGACUGGGUCUGCACGAUUGCCACAAGGAGGCCAAGUGCACAAACACCCAGGGCAGCUAUAACUGCCACUGCCGAAGAGGUUAUGUAGGUGACGGCAAGUUCAGCUGCGUCAGGACCUGUUAUGAAUUGUGCCAAAAUGGAAAUUGCUCGGGACCUCCGGAUUACACCUGUCGCUGUGCUUUGGGCUGGACUGGAGCCGAUUGUGGACUGAGUUGUGGCUGCAACAAUCAUUCGACUUGCCAUGAGAGAUUGGGGAAAUGCGAUUUAUGCCAGGAUUGGUCGGAGGGUGAGAAAUGCGAACGAUGUCGACAGGGGAGCUACGGAAAUGCCACCGCUCCACAUGGAUGUCUUCCGUGUGAGUGCAACGGCCAUGGCCACCAAGAUCUGGGCGUCUGUAAUGUAAGCAACGGUGAAUGCUACUGUAAGGACAACACCCAAGGACUCAAUUGUGAUUUGUGUGCUCCCGGCUACUAUGGUGAUCCCAGAACCGGCGGAAAAUGCUACUACCAAUGCGAAUCUAGGGGCAUUCUCACCAAUAUCGGUAAAAGUGCAAUUGGCUCGUACCAGUCUUAUCGGUCGCCCUGGGGUGCCAGUCUGGAGGUGAAGGAGUGCUUGUGGAUACUGCAACCGAAGACCCUGCAGGCGGAGAAGUCGCUUCUCCAGUUGGAGUUCCAGUGGCAGAGUCUGGCAAUGGAUUGUGACGAGAAUGCAGUCUAUAUAUACGACAGCCUGCCGGACCUGACAGGUGCCACCCAGCAAAAUCAACUCCUGGCAGUGGUAUGUGCUCCAUACAGUUCAGCCAGGAUUAUCGAAGCCCGCUCCAGCCACGUGACAGUUCACUAUAAACAAGGUAGUGAAAGGCGACACUUUGGAUUCAAUGCCCUCUAUUCCGUUAUGAAUUGCGUGGCCGGAAGUUGUCUCCCGCCUCACAUCUGUGAUGCCCAGCAGCGCUGUGUUUGUCCGGCCGGAUAUGUGGGUGCCAACUGCGAGAUUGAGAUCUGUCCGAGCAACUGCAACGCCAAGCGGAUGCAAGGCUUUUGCGACACAGAGUACGGCAGAUGUAUCUGCAGUAAUGCCAAUUAUGCGGGGGCCGAUUGUGGCACUUUAGUGCAGCGAAACCACCUGGUAAUGACGGAGCUUUUCAAUACUCAGCUCCUUAGUGAAAGUCUGGAGCACCUUAGAAAGACCAUACCACGAUUUGGACACUCUGUGAAUGCGGAUCGUAGGGGAUCGCUUUGGAUGUUUGGUGGUUACUCACCCAAUCACGGACCUCUUAAUGAUUUUCGGCAAUUCGACACAAAGAAUAGCACCUGGCUGCAGGUAACAGUGGAAUCGUCCACCCCAGAGGAUCGCAUGCCCCUUGGCCGGUAUUUCCACGCCUCUGAGAUUUACGUGAAAAAGCAAAUCAUCUACAUCUAUGGAGGAAUUGGUGCAAACUCGCAACUGCUUAACGAUUUUUGGAUGUUUUCGAUACAGAACCAGCGCUGGAGUCAAAUUAAGGUAGAAGUGGAACCGAGUGGCGCGGAUUAUCAGUUGGAUGUUCCGCCGCCUUUAGCUGGUCAUACUCUCACCCAUCUGCGUUACCAGGACCACGAGUCGCUAAUUCUUCUUGGCGGAUUGACUCUUAACAAAUCCCGACCUCUCGAAUUGUGGGAGUUCAACCUGGACACGAGUCGCUGGCAGCAGUUGGCAGCUGUGGGAGCCAGAAUGCCAGUACUUUAUGGCCACACGGCUGUCUACCAUCCGGAGACGAACAGUGUUUACUUGUUUGGAGGUUAUUCCACGGAGCCGCAGAGCAAUCUAUAUGCGCUGGACCUGCAGAAGCUGAGCUGGACGGAACUCCCUAGUUUCAGGGAACUGAAUUCACCCGCCUCUCUGCUGCCCAGGGCUCGCUAUUUCCACUCGGCCGUGAGCACAGAGCACUACAUGAUCCUUUACGGCGGACGAACGCAGCCCUUUAAUGGAACAGAUGUUCUUAUUGCCUAUGUGUACGCCUGUAAUCAAUGGGUGCGACUGACAGAGGAUGUGGAGCUUAUAGGUCGUGUUCCGGCCUCGAGUUAUGCGGAGGAUAUGGCCAUCGAUCCAGAUACGGGUGUGAUCUUUGUCAUCGGCGGAUGGGAUGGCAGCUCCACGCACAGUCAUGUGACCAGGAUAGCUUUGCCGGACGACAUUUGCCAGCUGUGGAGUAGCGGGAAGCAUCAGUGUCGCCACUACAUGGGCUGUAGCUACUGUACGAUCCAGAACACUUAUAGCUACAGCAGUCACUGCUUCAGCCAUGGACGCACUCCGUGUGCCAAUCAUAAUGGCACCAAGGUGGUUAACAAUGGAGCUGCCUGCGAUGAUGAUUGGAUGGCCAGCAGAAACUGCUCUAGUUUCGCCACCUGCGGCGCCUGUCUAGCAGCCUGGCCAACGCAUCAGGAAACGGCUCCCGUGUGUCAGUGGUGCGAUGAGUGCGGCAUUAGGGGAAGGUGCGUUCCUGCCGGGGUUGAUUGCGGUUGGAGGAGUGCUUGGUGCAACAAAGAACUGAGUGUGGGAGUUCUGGGUCUGUGUCCAUUGCCUCAAUGUUACCAACUGAGCUGUGAGAGCUGCAUGCUUCAGCCGCAAUGCAACUGGGCCAGGAAUGAACUGGGCACAGUGGAGUGCAUCGCCAAGGAGCUGGGAAAAAAUCAAUACAGAUUGGUCGAGAGCUGUCCGCCGCCCUGCCACACCCACGAGAACUGCAGCUUGUGUCUAAGUCAAACGCCCACCCAGGAUCGCCAGGAGUGCAAGUGGUCCACAAUGUUGAACCUGUGCCUGACGCCCAGCUCCCAGCCGCUGUUUUGCGCCGGUGGUGUUUGUGGAUUAGUACUAGAAGCCAACGAGCUGGAUCGCUGCCCGGAACCAUGUCACGUGUACACGCAAUGCUCCAGCUGUUUAGAGCACGCCCAUUGUGGGUGGUGUGCCCGCGAGGGACACAACGGCGAUGGCAUCUGCACGGAGGGAGCAUUGGAGCACAAGCAGGAACAUCCGUCGGGAUCGACUUGUGAUCUAAUCUAUGCCAGUUGGCGAAACGAUUCCCACUUAACCCAUGCGGAUGUGGUGUCCUGGCACUAUGUGCAGUGUCCGGCUGAGAAUGAGUGCGUCAAUGGUCAUCACAACUGCGACGCUGUAUCGGAGCAGUGCAUCGAUCUGGACACAGCAGUGGGCUAUAAGUGCGUCUGCGCCCAGGGAUAUCGCGAAGAGCAGGGUGCCUGCUUGCCCGUUUGCAGCCAAGGAUGCGUUCGCGGCAAUUGCGUGAGUCCGGAUCAGUGUCAGUGUGACUUUGGCUACGUCGGCGCCAAUUGUAGCAUCCAGUGUUUAUGCAAUGGCCACUCCAACUGUGAGUCGAGCAGCAGGCUGGACAUUUGCCUAAAGUGUCACAACAACACGAUGGGCGAGCAGUGCGAGAAGUGUCAGCCGCUUUUCGUGGGAAAUCCCCGCGAAGGUCAUGCUUGCCAGCCUUGCCUGGAUUAUUGCCACGGGCACAGUGACAUUUGUGUGUCCUACGAUGCAGAUCCUGCAGUGUUUAAUAUGACCCGUUCCGAAUUGGAAAGGAUUUUACCCGAAGGUCCCGCGUACAAUGCUACUUGCCUAAGUUGCGGCAAUCACACGGAUGGAGACCGCUGCGAUAGUUGUUUAACUGGCUAUUUCCGCGGCAGCGAGGAUCUGCACAAGGAGUGCCGGCCCUGCCAGUGCCAUGGACAUGGAAACAUUUGCGAUGCCGUCACCGGCGAGAAAUGCAACUGCGCCAACAACACGGAAAGCGAUGCCACGUGCACCGCGGGCGGCGGCAAGAACUCGGCGCAGCUCUGCUGGAUGGUGCAGUGCUCCAAGUGCCGUGACUCCUACGCUGGCAACCCCACAGAUGGCCACCAGUGCUACAAGCAAAUAACCGUCGAGUCGCGAAUGUGCUUUGAUGCCAAGCCGAUUGAGGAAUGCAAAUCAAAGCCAGCUGCACUGAAGCCCGGCCAGACUGUGUUUUUUGUAAUCCAGCCUCGCUUCAUGAAUGUGGAUAUUCGCAUUAUUAUCGACGUAACACAAGGAGAGUUGGAUGUUUUUAUGUCGCCGCAGGACGACUCCUUUAUAGUUGAAACGAAUGAGACGACCGGCUAUCACGAUAUCUUCCUUGAUAAUCGAUACAAUUGGGGACCGAAGAUAAAGCGCGAGCAUCCGCUAAAUGUCGCUCUGCCCAGACACGAUAAUGCCACGAUCCAGAAAUUAUUUUCCCCUGAGCGUCGCAUUGGAGGCGGGGGCCUAGGAGGAGGUGGAGGAGAGAGAAUAGGAGCCAAUACCUAUUAUGUGCCCCAGUUGCAGGACUGCAAGAGCCAUGGCGGUCACAACUUCAUAGUGAAGGAUCAGCACGCCAAAGAUUUGAGUACACAUGUAACGCUCAAUCAUUGCAAUACUUUGUUGCGCCUAUUUGGGCUAAAGAAUCGUCUGGUGCUCACUCUGCCCCAGCAUGCUCAUAACCUGAGUGCCACCCGCUUCUUCAUUGCUUUGCGGGCGAGCUCCGGACCUGAGCCCAGUUACGGAUCCGUGGUGUUCCGCCAGGAUCAGCUGCAUAUUGAUCUAUUUGUGUUCUUCUCAGUGUUCUUCUCCUGCUUUUUCCUCUUCCUCGCCGUCUGCGUGAUUGUGUGGAAGGUAAAGCAGGCGGCGGACCUGAGAAGGGCUAGAAGACAGCAUGUGGUGGAGAUGUUGCACCUGGCCAAGCGCCCUUUCGCCCAGAUCUUUCUGGCCUCGGGCAGCCUGGAUGUGGACAGUCCACAGCCGACCUCCUCCUCCUCCUCGGCCCGUGCCAUGCGACAGCGUGCCCGGCAAGCGCUUCUUCUGCAAGAGCAAUCCGCUGGUGAGUCUCAUCCAGUGAUGCAUCACUCCAGUCGCCGCCAGAGCUCGCGCAUCAUGAUGGUGGCCAUCGAGCCUACUUUUGACAAUUUGGCGGCUGUGGGAACGGUGUUCAUUAGCCUGCCAGGUCGCUCGCGAGCUCCGUUGAGUAUUGCUUUGGGAUCCACCCUCAUUUCCUAUUCGCGGCAAUAUCCCCUGAAUGCCCGUCACUUUAUGCGCGCUCAACGGGUUCAGAAUGUGGCGCAUCACCCGGCUUAAACUGAAAUCUCUAUCAGCACGAACAAAAUAGUUGUUAGUCAAUGUCUAAAAGCCGAACUUAGUGAAAUAUCUGUGCAUGUAUGUAAGAAGUACGUAAAGACAUUCGUUUAGAUAUCGGUGUAUAUGAAUAGUGUAGGUAAUUUUUGUACAUAACGUUUAGAUAACGCAAAUAACGAAUACUAUGUGUACAUAAAUAUGCAACAAAAGUGUGUUAAAAGAUAUCUUGUGCACGCACAAAUCGUCUAUAUAUAAAGUUUAUACUUAUCAAAAGAUAAACAUACAGGAAAUGGAUAAAUAUAAGAUUUAAAGCAUAUUAUAAAGGAAUAUUGGGUCUCGAAUCUGUAACAGGAUAUAGAAAAGCAUUCACAUAAUUUAAACACAGAACAAAUUUUCGGACUGAUUUAUAUGAAAUUUCAUUUGGCUAGAAUGUAAAGAUAAUUUAAUUAAUAUAGCUAAAAAGCAUACCCAUCAAAGAAGAUAACCAAGUGAAAAGUAAAAAAAACUUAAAAGUACGCAUACAGCAGAGGGAAUUUGAUAUACAUUUAAGAAUGUCAAUUUUGUCGAGAAACAGAAUGUCGCACAACAUUUAGAAGCCAUAUGAAAAACAAACAAAGAAAUCCAGAUAUACGUAUUAUUAUAGUAUACUGAAUGUGUCAUAGCAAUUAGGCGUUUGUUAUGCCAAACUUAAGUGGAUGUCAUUUCUCAGUCGCUCAAUAGGUUUCUUUUAAGAUACGUACGAUAUGAUUUUAAUUCUGGCGUACCUAGUGUAUUUGUAUUGUAUAAAGUAUUAUGAUAUUCCUUCCCUGUUGGUGGCUAGCAUUUGCUCAAUUAGUUCGUUAGCUCUUUACUGCGCACUAUUACGCACCUGUGUACCUACUAUUUUAAGAACAAAACUAUUUUUAUGUACAAUCCAGUUUUUCACACACUUGUUAUGUUUACACUAAAGCUCUCAGACACAAAUGCAGUUGGAAAAAUGGAUUUCCAAUUUUGAAAUACUUGAAAUAUUUUACAGCUACACAACAUCACAAACGAACAAAAUCCUACAGAAUCUUUCCUAACACUCUACACUAAUCUCAGUAACCAAAAGGUUGUAAGAAACUCUCACUAUAUCGAUUUAGUUUAAAAUUCCCUCCUUACAUGUGGUACUAUUUUUGUAUAUUUUGAGUUUACAAAACUAGCUAAAUUUUUAGAACUGAUGUAUAUUUAGAAAUUACUCGAAUCGUCCCAUUUUGCAAUAUAUUUAUAAUUCGUAUUUUUUAUUAUUUGUACUUGUUUUUGCAAUAAAGAUGAACCUAUGGUAUAUAAACAA